AAUAUUCUUUCUUCUUUUACUUUAAUUUUUUUCCUCACUUUCUUCCCCUUUAUCAUCACCACCUUUUUUCCUGUGUGUAUGAUACCUUUGGCUUUAUAUUUGCAAUGUUUUUUAUACACCUCCCAACUACAAUACAGAUUAAAAUUGGAAUCCAGAGGGCAACACUCACUCCACAUACACAUGAUGGCUAAAAACACUUCUAUCUGCCUCUUCAUAUACCUUAUGUCUCUUCUCCUUGCCUCCUCCUCAGGAUCAUUAGAGAGAGCGACAAAGAUUAGAGGUCAGAGGAUAGCUGGAUUGUUUGUAGAGGUAUCCCUGAAAAAGGAUUCUAACAAAAAAGAGUUUGUAAGGGAGGAAGGGCAGAUAGUUCACAGAUAUCAGAGACAACUUCUCAGCAACUUAAAUACGAAAAGCUCCCAGCAGCAUGACUUGGUUUACCCACCAACAACGACGUUUCCCACAACUCCUGUAACUAAUCCUGUGACGACUCCGACAUUUAAUCCUGUCACAGCUCCUGUCACUGUACCUCCUGAUAAUGCUGCGCCUGGGAUUGUCACAGUUCCGGGUAUGAACCCUGUAACAGUAACACCCAUGCCACCAUCUACUCCAGUUCCACAGCCUAAUACAGAUCCAAUAAAUUCACCACUUCCCGUAACCAAUCCAGUAACAACGCCAAGCACAAACCCUGGUACUCAACCAGUAACCAACCCUGUAACAACGUAUCCAGCACCAACAACAGGUGUUCCAGUCACAACGCCUGUCACAACUCCCGUGAUACCUCCUGCAACAGGUAAUGGUCCUGCACUUCCAGGGCAAAGCUGGUGUGUUGCGAAGAGCGGAGCUCCACAGACUACACUGCAGUCAGCACUUGAUUAUGCUUGUGGAACUGGAGUAGCUGAUUGUUCAGUAAUUCAACAAAGUGGGAGCUGCUACAAUCCAAAUACUCUUCAAAACCAUGCUUCAUAUGCUUUCAACAGCUAUUAUCAGAAGAAACCAGCACAAACUAGCUGUGAUUUUGGAGGGGCUGCAACUUUAACCAACACUAAUCCAAGUGCUGGUUCUUGUAUCUACCCUUCAUCAUCUUCGUCUACGUCUUCAUUACCUCCACCAGUAUCCCCAACACCUGUAUCUCCUGUGCCAGAGUCUCCGAUUCCACAGACUCCAAUGCCAGAGACUCCUCCACCAGAGACUCCAACACCAUCUACAGCAGCAAAUGGAGGAGGCGCAAUACCAGGGUCAGGUUCACCUCCUGCAGCGCCAACUACAAGCAUUCCUCAACCAAGCGCUCCGAUAGGUUUUGGAGAUAUCCCUCCAAGUGCUUUUGGUGAAAGCCCGCCCCCAAGUAUGAACAGCACAACAGCCAUGUCAACUCGUGUGCAACCCUUUAUAGGUUGCGUAAUUUUGGUAACAUCAAUCAUCACAGGGAAAUUUGUUCUUAAUAUAUAAAGGACCUAGUCAUCAGUAGGAUCACAAGCUCACUGCUUUAGCAAAUCACAGUUCUAGCCUCUAGGUGCUCAAUUAAUGUAUAUAUUUUUGUAAUCCAGAUAAGAAGGCAGAGGAUAGUACCUUCAAGAUUAAUUAAAACAUCAGCCGCUGCUUAGAAACUAAAAGGUCGAAUUGGGCUCUCUGGAUGUAAAGAUUUUAGUUUCUUGUGCAGUUCCUACAUGAGAACUCACGCAGGCUUAGCAGUUUCAAGGUAGAAUAUAUAUAUCUAGUACAACUUGGCACA